AGACUGAACCGCCUUUUUGUUAGCGUACACGAGGUGAAGUGAAGUCAGACAGGCAGACAGACAGGCAGACAGACAGGCAGACAGACAGGCAGACAGACAGGCAGACAGACAGGCAGACAGACAAGCAGACAGACAGACAGGCAGACAGACAGACAGACGAAUAGGAGCCGACGGUUUUUCUUAUUGGCUCGCGACGCUUUGAGAGGGCGGCAGUGACGUCACAGCUCCACUGGAUCUCUGUGCUUCAAUUGGCUUAAGAUUGUCUGCGUAUGCGGGUGUUUUCACGCAGGUCCUGUAAUCCCUGGGUCGGCUGUUUGCGGCAGGGACGCGAGCUUUUAGCUGUUCGAAGGACGCCAGAAGAAGAAGAAGAAGAAGAGAGAGAAAAGGAGAUAAAUAAUAAACAGAAAUAUACACCAUAAACAUUGGUGGGGAAAUAAAACCACACGAAGGUGAUGGUGGCUCCUCAGUGGGAAACAUCCGAGCAUCUUGUCUGGUUAAAACAUUUUAAUGUUUUAUCUCCGAUCAUUUCAGUGCUGAAGCAAACACACCCAGGAGAACAUGUCCGUCAUAUUCAUGUCCAAAAAGAGGAAAAUCUCAAGGCCUGAGAAAAAGCCUCAGUCAGGAGAUCCAGAACUGAUGGAAAAAGUGGUUGCAGCAUGUCACGCUGCUCCAUCCAUGAAUGAAGGGGCAAAUCUCCAGCAGAUAAAAAGAACAUAUGGCAGAAAAAAAUAUCAUGAUAUGCAGCUGGUCUCCAGGCUUCCUCCAGAAGAUGGAUCUCCGUGCACGUCAGUGGUCCACGCCGGCUCUUUGAACGGCUCUGUUAAGCAGCCGGUGGCUUGUGGUUCUGCUACAUGCAGGACAAAGGACAACGUUGGCUCUGGUUUGGAGAUGAGAGAGAGAGUUCCUGUCAUAGUUCCUGUAGCACAGUACACUCAGAGGACAUCGUCAGCUCACAGCACUAAAAGCAGAAGGUCUGAGUUCUUCUGCGUGAAGAAAGAGACACCCAGUUAUCCUCCAGGAAGUCAAGAGGAAACUUGGCAGCUUCAGAUCCUUGCGAAAGGCAGAGUAACGUGUCCCAAGUGUAAACGUGUGUGCAGGAAAACAGUCGAGGGACUGAAGAAACACAUGGUGGCCUGCAAACUGCACGUGUUUAAAUGCACACACUGUGGGAAACAGCUGAAGACGUCGACUGGGAUGAAGUAUCACCUCAUGGCUGAUCAUAAUAAGCUGCCCACCCCAGACGAUGGACGUGGACUGGACGACCAUGCAACGAAAGAAAAAUUGCGCAAAGUGCUAAAACGCCUGGGAAAAUUAAAAUGUUCAAAAGAGGGGUGCACUGGCAGCUUUACUAGCAUAAUGGGCUACGUUUAUCACAUGAGGAAAUGCGGUAAAGCCGAGUCCGAGCUGGAGAAACUCUUAAUGAACUGCAAGCACUGUGGGAAGCCGUAUCGCUCCAGAGCGGGACUGGAGUAUCAUCUCAGAUCAGAGCACGGCCCGAAACCCCAACAGUCUGAUGCAAACGGCCAACAGGAAGAGAGCGCGGAGCAUGAAUCCAGCGGCAGAGCCAAACGCACAUCAGCCCAGGUGGCUAUAUUUCACCUGCGUGAGAUCGCCAACCAGGAGCUGUUCAAGGAGUGGCCCAAGAGGAAGGUGCAACAAGACCUAGUCCCUGAUGACAGGAAGCUCCGUUAUUCUCGUCCUGGAUUACCAGCCUUCAGCCAGGAGGUGCUGAGGAAGUGGAAGAAUGAAGUGAAACUGAACAGAAGAAUGCUGUGUCCCAACAAGGGCUGUGGCUGCUACUACACCAGUGUGUCGGGUCUGAAGGCUCAUCUGGGGCUCUGCACCCUGGGUAACUUUCACACUGGGAAAUACACGUGUCUGAUAUGUAAGAAGCAGUUCAACUCAGAGAGUGGAGUGAAAUACCACAUCAACUCUGUUCAUUCCCAGGACUGGUUUGUGGUCAAAUCCAAGGCCAAGAGUUUCUCCUCCAGCAAAAGCUCCAAGCCAAAGAAGCUUUGCACACCAAACCCAGCUCUGGUUUUCCCCCAGGAAGCUUGGCAGGAUACAGAAACUCCCGAGGAAGCAACCACCAGUGAGUCGGUAUGCGCGGAACAGCCGGAGAUGAAAACGAAAGAUGGGGAAAAGUGCAGGAAGUACGACCUGAGAGUGAAGAGGGAGAAAGCCUGCAGUGAAAGCCAGAGCAGUAGCAGUGGAAGUGAGAGCUCCAGCAGCGAGUCAGAAGCAGAGCUUCAAGAAGGGAGUGAUGCCUAAAGCUACACAAACCACAACCUUAACCUGAGAAAGCUGAGAAAGAACAUAAAACGCAAUCCACUAAAACUGUUUAGUGUUUAAAACUGUUUAUUUCCCUUUUCAACCUUUUUGAAAUAUCUGGUUUUUAGGUGGUUUCAUAUUACAGAUUCGUGAGUCAUUUGACAGUCAAAGGUGCCAAUACUUACAGUCAGGCUUCCAAACACAGGAAUAACAUUUGACAAAUACAGAGAUUACAUCAUCUAGAUGAGCUUAUGAAUUCGCAAACUUUUGUCUGAUUACUGUGGCCUUGAUGGCCUACGAACCUUCAGCUCCAGAGAGACAGCAAUGGACUUGUGUGAAAGUUGGUGUGUGUGUGUGUGUGUGUGUGUGUGUGUGUGUGUGUGUGUGUGUGUGUGUGUGUGUGUGUGUGUGUGUGUGUGUGUGUGUGUGUGUGUACAUGGAGUUAGUCACUAACACUAAGUUUGGGAGAACUGUAUGUUCAGGUGCUUUUGGGAAGUUUGUAUUUACGAGCAGAGAAGUCGUAAUUACGACGCCAUGUGUGCUUGAGUCAUUUUGGUCAGGCGAGAUGGAGAUCCUCUUAAUAACUACAGCAAACUUCUAAAAAAGAACAUGCAUAUGUUGUUUUGCCUUUUUAAGUUUUUAAUUUUUUCAGUUUAGUAAGCCUCUGUUAUAUCGUAAUCGUAUUUAGUGCAGGCGGUUAGCGCGAUUUAUUGUAAAAAAAAAAAAAAAAAAAAUUCUUCCCCUGUCCUGUUCUUCAGGCAUUUUCUUUCUGACACGCCCCUGAAUUAGAAACUCUGAGCUCAAAGAAAAUGAUGACUUCUUGGUGUACGUUCAACUCGUACAUUCGGCUAUGACGUUUUGUAUCUGUUGCUAGCAUGCCUUCUCCCUGACGUAGCAGUUCUACACGUUUAUAUAUGUAGAAUUAAAAUGGUGGUAAUGUCUUGGGUUUUAUUUAAAAAAAAAAAAAAAAUACAAUGCAGCAGAAUUUUUCAGAGUAUAUUUUUUCUCAAAAUAUUUCACUUGUUGAUUUACUUCCUGCACCAGUUCUCCAGUUUGUAGUAGCCACUAAUGUACCAAUCUGUACUGUGUAUAAACUGCUGCAUGUAUAGUUGUCUGUGUGCAUAUUCGAGCGCUUACGACUAGCCUUUUUUGUGUGAUGUUCCCCGUUCAUGCUGUAUUAGCUUUGACGUAUGCUCUUAUGGCAUCUCCAGUCCGUCUUGUUCUAGUUUGCACCACAGUGGACUGACCUCAGACUGAGGAACUAUAAUACACCUGACUCUAUAUUGUAAGGGGUUACUAGGGUUCAUGCAGGUCUAAUAUUUUAAGUGUAUAAACCUGACAGAACUUUGUGUCCAGGAUUUGAUUUUUAAUACAUGACUUUUUUUUUUUAAAUGUUAGACUGUAAGAUGGCUACAUAGACUUUGUUCAAGUGCUUUAUUAACCGAACCCUAAUAAAUGAUAUGAAAGUUGUAUAUAAAAGUAUACAGGUAUUUCAUUGAU